GCCACUCUGAAUGACGUCAUACCCCUGCGCCGCGGCCAUCGCUCCGCUGCGGUGAAACGCUCGUUGACCGUUCAGCUGAAGUUUCCGGUGAAAUGUCGGUGUUUCACGACGAGGUGGAGAUCGAGGACUUUGAGUUCGACGCGGACUCGGACACGUUUUACUUCCCGUGUCCCUGCGGGGACAGGUUCGUCAUCACUAAAGAGGAGCUGGAGAGCGGGGAGGAGGAGGCCACGUGUCCUAGCUGCUCGCUCAUCGUGAGAGUCAUCUACGACAAGGACUUGUUCAUGUCGGGGGAAGUGAUCGAUGCUCCGUCGUCUUCAGAGACCAGACUGGAGUGGGUCCGGUCCUGACCCCCUCCAUCUUAUUUAUGCCGAGACACUUUGAAGUUUUCAUGAAUUCUCAGUAGAAAUUUUUAAUAAAUAAAGUUUUAUUUCCAAAA